AUGCCUGACGCAUUUGACUGUUCUAGUCUAGAACUAAUGUACGUCUACUGUACCGUAGUCCCUCAUUCCAGGCGUUCGGUUUCGCGAUCGACCAAUCAAGCGUUGCUGCGAGCUAAACCCCACGAUGAAGUAGCUCAAACGCCUCAAAUAUCGUUUCUGCACCAUAACAGUAAAACUCUCGCAUUUACUCCUGGCCAACCGGCUAUGGACGUUUCACGCGUUCCUUGCCAAUUCAAGGGUCCCACCAGUCAGUCGGCAUUACGCGAUAUGCGAGGAAGGUACAAAGUAAUUAAUUACCUAGACCUAGAAGCAGCAUUUUCCGACAUGGACGUAGCGCCGUCUCAUUGUUCAGCCCAGUCAAGUCAGUCACUCGUUUUCUAA